GGAUCCGGGCAGGCUUCGCAGAGGGAGGGUCAAACCGUCAACACGCUAGCAGCAUCAUUGGUGUCCGCCUUUGCCUCACUAGGAAUCCAGGUUCUGGUGUUUAUGCUGCUGCGUUUGCGCCUCUCCAGGAUAUAUCGGCCCAAGUCAUAUCUGGUCCCUGAGCGAGAACGAGUCGCGGCACCUCCUGGAGGUCUUGUAGGAUGGCUCUAUCCACUGUUCACAACCACAAAUCUGGGCUUGAUUCAGAAAUGCGGCCUUGACGCAUACUUCUUUUUGCGCUUCCUGCGAAUGCUGCUGAAGAUCUUCUUUCCCGCCACUUUACUGGCUUUGCCAAUCCUGCUACCGGUCAAUCACAAUGGAGGCGGGACCGCGAAAGGACUGGACAAGUACUCUAUCUCGAAUAUUGCACCUAAAAACAGUGACCGACUGUGGGCGCAUCUUUUCCUUGGCAUUAUCUUCAUUCUAUGGACUUUCUACGUCGUGUUCAAAGAAUUACGAGGUUACAUUCGCGUGCGUCAAGCAUUCUUGACGAGUCCUCAGCACAGAAUCCGCGCGUCUGCCACUACCGUGCUUGUUACUGGCAUUCCACGCAAAUGGCUGACCAUGGAAGCUCUAUCUGGGCUAUACGAUGUGUUUCCUGGCGGAAUCAGGAACAUCUGGAUCAAUCGCAACUUCGAUGACCUGAAUGACAAGGUUAAGUACCGCGACAAGAUUGCGAGGAAUUUGGAAGAUGCUGAGACUGUUCUGAUCAAGAACUGCCGCAAGAAGCACAUCGAGGCCGAACAAAAGAAGGCCAAGGAAGAUGGGAAGAAAAAAUCAAAGAAAGAGAAGCUGCAAGACGAGGCAGAAGAAGACGCUGCAGCAGAACGCAUGGCUCAAAGUGAAGGUGUCAGUGCUGGAGAAAACCACGAGCUCUCUCAAGAUCUGAAGGACACACUGAAGGAGGAAGAGCAACACCAAGCGGACUCUGACAAACGCAGGCGGAAUCCAUUGGGUCUUGUCGGAGAUAGCGUCAAUGCCGUUGGCCAUGGCUUUAAGGACGUCGGCAAAGGCAUUAGCAAAUUCGGCGAUAGAGUCGUCGGCGGUGUCGAUAAUGGCUUCCACAAGGCUGGAGAUGACUUAAACAUCGCUACACGCCGCGCCAAUGCUGGUGGUGGAUUCUCUCUUGACGAUGAUCUGACGCUAGACGUGCGCGACGUUCACACGACACGUCCCGCGGGAGAUACAAGGCCCAAGUCCAGCUUGCAAAUCGAAGAGCCUGCACAUCAUAAAGGCAAUCGAAAGUCAUGGAACAUCUUCAAGAACAACGACGAAUCCCUGGCAAUGCACUCUCCACAACCUCACACAGCCGAGGAUGAUGACGAGUUCCCACUUCACGGUGAUGCAGAGCAAAAAGAGCCCGAAGCCAAAGACAAGCAGAAGUCCAAGAGCUUCAUGCAGAAGCUCGCUUUCUGGAAGAAGAAUAAUGAUGAAGAGGACGAAGACAAAGACGAAUACCCCAAUGCCAUCGACAAGAAAUGGGACGAAGACCAAGACGAAGAACCGUACUGGAGGAGGUAUCUGGAGCCAAAAGACCGUGAAACCAUCCGACUACCGCUUUUUUGCCCAACUUGGUUCCCUAGCAUUCCACUAAUAGGCAAAAAAGUAGAUCGCAUCUACCAUCUUCGACGGGAGCUGGCACGCCUGAAUCUGGAAAUCGAAGAGGAUCAGAAGGACAUCGAGAAGUUUCCGUACAUGAACUCUGCAUUCAUCCAGUUCAAUCACCAGGUGGCUGCACACAUGUGCUGUCAGUCUCUCAGUCAUCACAUUCCCCAGCACAUGGCGCCCCGGCUCGUCGAGAUUAGCCCUGAAGAUGUGAUCUGGGACAAUAUGUCUGUGAAGUGGUGGGAACGCUACUUGCGAACUGGCUUGAUCUUGCUGAUUUCCGCCGGCCUCAUUUUGCUCUUCGCCAUUCCCGUCGCCUUUACCUCUUUGCUCAACAAGGUUAGCCAACUUGCUUCAUACAUCUCUUGGCUGGAAUGGCUCACCACACUUCCGGACGUUGUUAUCUCUAUCAUUCAGGGUGUCCUGCCACCAGUUCUGCUGAGUCUGAUUCUGUUGCUUGUCCCGAUCAUCUUCCGUCUCUUGAUCAAGCAACAGGGAGUGCCCACCGGCAACGAUAGAGAGCGAGGGGUCCAGAGUUGGUACUUCGCAUUCUUGUUCAUUCAGGUGUUCUUGGUCGUCACCAUUUCCGGAGGCCUGAUCGCAAUCUUUCAAGCUCUUGCGGACAAUCCUACCAGCAUUGUUACAGAAGUGGCCAGCAACAUCCCAACGGCAUCCAACUACUUCUUCUCAUAUCUUACUGUCCAGGCACUUUCCAACUCAGCAAGUGCUCUCCUGCAACUUGGCAGCCUCUUCGGGUGGUUCAUACUUGCUCCAAUUCUGGAUUCGACUGCACGACAGAAAUGGACGAGACAGACCAGCCUCCAGUACGUUACGUGGGGUACCUUCUUCCCACCUUUCACCAACUUUGCGGUCAUUGGCAUCAUCUACUCAAUAGUAUCACCCCUUAUCCUGGUGUUCAUGAUCUUCAUCUUCGCACUGUUCUGGAUUGUUUACCGCUACAACGUGUUGUUUGUCUACCAAUUCAAGCAUGAUACAGGCGGUCUGCUCUUUCCAGUGGCCAUCAAUCAGCUAUUCACCGGCAUUUAUUUCCUGGAAAUCGCCAUGAUCGGAUACUUCUUCACUUUGCAAUACAAGGGAGAAGUCGUGUGCUUGCCACAAGCAAUCAUCAUGAUUGUCAUGCUGGUGCUCACCGUGGUUUUCCAAUGGUUAACGAAUAUGUCAUUCAAGCCACUAUUCCAAUACCUGCCGAUCACAUUGGAAGAUGAAGCAGUAAUCAGAGAUGAGCAGUUCGCAAAGGCACAAGAAAGCAAAUUUGCGCCACUCAACGAAAGUGGUAACGACGAACGAGACGUACAGGAUAUGCUCGAGGAUCGUGAACACGCUGAAGAAGAUGCAGAUCGUGCCGCCAUAGAUGAGGAGAAGCGUGCCAUUGCCCAAAGGAGGAGCCACACACCUGGCUCCACACACUCUCCAGAUGCACGACGCACAUCUGGAUCAGCUCAUUCUGCAAGGCCAGGUAGCCACUGGGCUAAGAAGUCAGAGGCCAAGCCUGUCUGGGGAACUGAGUUGUGGAAGAAAGCGGCGCCGGAGGCAAAGACAGAUGCAGAAGCUCAACACACGGUUGGAGAUGUGCUCUUCUCCGGUUACGCAGAUGAGCUCGAAGAUUUGACGCCAGACGAGCGCGAUUUGUUGGUUCGUUAUGCCUUCCAGCACAGCGCGCUUCGUGCUCGGCGUCCGGUCGUAUGGAUCCCUCGCGAUCAACUUGGUGUAAGCGAUGACGAGAUCAAGAGAGCCAAGAAGAUGAGUACAGUGAGCAUCGACGGGCAAAACCGAACAAAUAUUUGGAUGAGUAACGAGGGCACGGCUUUGGAUGGAAAGGGUCGUGUAGUCUUCAGACGCAGUCCACCUGAUUUCAGCAAUGUGGAUCUCAUCGCGUUGUGA